AUGGAUGGAGAGAGUGUGAGAAGCGGUAGAAGUGAAAAAAGUGACAGGUCAAGGCGGUCCCGUCGCUCUCGUUUUCCUGACCAUCCCAUCCAAGGAAAUAUGCAUCCCACGAUAGCUGAAGACCAAGCUAUGGCUAAUUUUAAUUCUCCAAUUAAUAUCGCUUCCGGACUAUCUUACAACCAAGGACUCGCCCAAAUGACCCCUGAUUGUUCAAAUAACCUCAAAAGAGUUAUACCUGCUCCAUCACAACUUAUGUAUCACCAUCAAAUCCCUCAACAAAGUCCCCAACAAUUUGCUUCGGCUAAUUGGGGGACCCAAAUGCAGCAUCCUUCUUUGACCUAUCCUCAGUACCCUGCUCCUCUUCCGUAUUCAAAUCCAUCUAGCCCGGCGAAUUGGCCAAGUCCUUCAAUGCAAUGCCCUCCACCAGCUGGAUCCUACCCUAUGCAAGGUAUCACCCACCAAAUCGCAACACCCGGGGGAAAUCUAUCUAUGACCCCAUCUCAGCAUCAGGUUAUUUCAACUCUCUCUGCUCCUCACACGCCUAUGAGUCAGCCUCGACCCAGCAAACAACAAAGGAUAGAAUCAUACAGAAAUGAUAUAAGCAGGGAUGAUCAUGGAUGGGCUGAUACUGCCACAGCAGUGACUGGUGCGACAAGUGAGACGGGUUUCAGUGGCGAUAACAUAUCGCGAUUUGGUGCUCGUUAUGGCCUAGCAGCGUCACUUGGAAUGAAUAACGAUAAUACUGCCAUAAGUGGGGCUGCAACUGCUCUUAUCAAAAACGAGACAGAUGAAAUUAGGACGUUUUCUUGCGCACGCCUCUUUACUUCCUUUUUUUCUAUUUUGCUCGGGUCUUGUGCGCUUAUUUCACCCAUUGUGAUGGUUUUUCUUCCUCGGCUUCCUCAUCCGCUCGGCUGGCUUACUCAGCCUUGUCAUCCAACGUGUGAGGGACAAUUAAUUGGCAUUGCCGUAAAACUUGCUCUGUUAGCCCUAGGAACAUGGAUAUUUGCUGCUCCUAGAAAAGCGCUGUUUGGAACAAAUAAUGCUAUCUUACCACGUGUACCCUAA